AGGACGAUGUCGGUAAUGCCUGGUAAUUUAUCACUCAAUGGGACAAGCUUCUUCACUGAAAAUCACAGCGAUAUGGAUAAGCCCAGUGAGCAGAGAACUUGGAACGUCCUUCUCUUCUGCUUGACUUUCAUCAUUACAUUUGCAGCGCUGCUGGGCAGCAUUUACUCCCUGGUUUUCCUUCUGAAAAUGCAGAACAAAACCACAGUGGCAAUGAUCGUGACCUCGCUGUCAAUAGAUGAUUUGAUCAGCACAGCGCCAGUGAUUAUUUUCAUGCUCACCCAGUGGUCAAGUGAUGUGCUCCCCCAGCCUCUGUGCACCACCUCGGCGCUUAUAUAUUUAUUCCAGGGUAUUUCUAGCAAUCUGAAAGCGUCUCUUAUAGUUUCUUACAACUUCUACGCCGUCAACAAAACUGUGGCGAGGAGCCGCAGCGCUUCGAGCCGGCCGGUGAGCAUGAUGUGGGCCAUUGUCACCGCCUGGAUCGUCAGCCUGCUCAUCUGCAUCCUCCCGCUCUGUGGCUGGGGCAGCUACAUGCCCACCUCCUGGGGCUGCUUCCUGGACUCUGCCAGCUCCUACGUCCUGUUCUUAUUUGCUGUCUACUCCCUGUGCUUCUGCCUCCUCACGGUGCUUGCGGUCCCUCUAACUUACCAGCUGCUGUGCUCAGACGAGCAGCAGCAAUUGUACACCGAUUACCAGGAAAUCUCUCGGGGCCACGUGAGCCCCGCGACGCCGGCGGGCUGCAGCAGCGCUACCCCCUCGCUGUCGCCGGAGGACCCUGUGGAUAAAACCCUGAAGCACCUGGGGAAGGCGCACGCGGGCGCGGAGGCGCUGGGCGCGCGAUGGGUGGCCGAGGGCGCCGGGCCGCGCGGCGCCGGCAGCUCACCCAGCAGGAGCUGCGCCGUGGCCUUCGCCCAGAAGCGCUUCUCGCUCAUCCUCGCCUUGACAAAGGCCGUUCUCUGGCUUCCCAUGAUGAUACAGAUGGUUGUCCAGCACAUCAUCGGUUUUCGGAGCCUCUCCUUCGAGACCCUUACCUUUCUGCUGAGCUUGCUGGCUGCCACAGUCACACCAGUGUUCGUGCUGUCGGAGCACUGGAUCCACCUGCCCUGUGGCUGCAUCAUCAACUGCAGGAGGAGCGUGUACGCUGUGUCUUCGGAGGAGCUCAAAACCAAACGGAGAGGUUUUGAGUUCAACCUGUCUUUCCAGCAAGGGUAUGGAAUCUACAAGAUCUCCCACGAGAACCACCAUCAGGCUGAUGGUGCUAAAUCCGUGUCCUACCACAACCUGGUGAGCUACGACUGCGGUGCCUGCCCGGAGCCCCGGACGGCAGGGGAGGCCACCCCGGGCACCGCGGCCCCGGCGGCGGGCGGCCCCCGCGGCGGCGGCACCGACACCGGCACCGACACCGGCCCCGGCCCCGACGAGAGCCACGACGCCUCCCGAGGGGAAGAGACCCGCGCCUUGGAGAAGCCAGCGCUCUUUGAAGGACCGGAAAGAAGGUUGUCCCAUGAGGAAAGCCAUAAGCCUGAACUCACUGAUUGGGAAUGGUGCCGGAGCAAAUCGGAGAGGACCCCGCGCCAGCGCUCAGGUGGUGCCUUAGCUAUUCCUCUGUGUGCCUUUCAAGGAACUGUGUCUCUGCAGGCACCCACGGGGAAAACUCUCUCCUUAUCUACCUACGAGGUAAGCACUGAGGGGCAAAAAAUAGCACCCACGUCGAAGAAGAUUGAAGUAUAUCGAUCUAAGAGCGUUGGUCAUGAGCCCAACCCGGAGAAGUCACCAAAUACAUUUGCUGACACAAGCGUUAAAAUUCAUUUAGAGGUUCUUGAAAUUUGUGACAAUGAAGAGGCCCUGGAUACUGUGUCAAUCAUCAGUAAUAUCAGCCAGUCCUCCACACAGGUGAGGUCUCCAUCCUUACGGUAUUCACGGAAAGAGAACAGGUUUGUUUCGUGUGAUUUAGGGGAAUCUGCCUCCUAUUCACUCUUCAUACCAUCAAACAAUCCUGGCAGCGAUAUUAACAUAUCAAUUCCAGACACGGUUGAAGCUCAUCGGCAGAACAGUAAAAAGCAACAUAUGGAAAGAGAUGGUUAUCAGGAAGAAAUACAAAUGUUGAAUAAAGCAUACAGAAAACGUGAAGAAGAAGGCAACAAUUGAAAGACAUUUAAUCUAGACAUUUAAAUGGAUUGAACGGACACUGCUCCUUUUGACUCAAGUUGUUCUAGAAAAUACAAUGACGACUGUUUUUACCCAGUAUAAAGCUUUCGUGGGGGUCUACUGUCAAAUAGGUGAAAACAUUAAAUUGCAUAUAGUUGGGGAAACAGAAAUACUUAAGUGCUUUAUAGCCUUGCUUAGUGAAUUUCAAGUUAUUUAUGUAUCUAUUUAUUUGAAGAACUCUCGUGUCUAAAAAGAGAACUGCAUUGGUUGCUUAUUGGCACUGGUGGCCUGUCCAUGAGAACCUGGGGAAGAGCUCCACCCGAGUGAAGUUUUAACAAUUUUUACUGACUGUUACAAUUCUUUUCUUACUACUGUUACUUCUCUUACAUGACUUGAAACAUUUAUCUGCAAAAAUGUAGCAAAAGUUUAAGACUAACUCCUUUAUUUGACUAAGUAAAGGAUUAAUAGACAAUGAAGUGAUUUAGGUUUAUCCUGUUCUGUGUGUGAUUCCUAUGUAAUGCCUAUGUACCAGGCGACUGUUAGAUCUCCAAAUGCAGAUGGCUGAAAUGUAAGCAUGUACAUUCUGUAAAUACGUAAUUGUGAAACUUAACGAUGUUCUCGUGGCUUGACAUUUCUUUGGUCAAGUGUGUAAAAUGUUGGUUAAUUUUAUGCCAGUGACUC